AUGCCAUCAUGGCUUCCCUCGAUCCCCUAUCCUCCUCCCGAUCAGCCUGGCUACUGGGAUCCGGUCACGUCAACUCUCCAAUGGUGUGAAGAGGAUUAUUAUGCCACGUACUAUUCCGCCGAGAUCAUCAAUACCUUGACCAACCUCAUCUUCAUAUACCUGGCGUGUAAGGGAGUCAAGAGCUGCAGGAAAUAUGGCCACGAUAAAGUCUUUGAGGUCUCAUAUUUUGGAUAUCUUCUCGUGGGGUUUGGGAGCUUCAUGUUUCAUACCACACUGAAAUAUCCCUGGCAAUUGGUCGACGAGUUGAACAUGAUCUACACAACGUGCCUCAUGGCAUACGCCAGUCUUUCAUACUCACGCUCCUCGCAGGUACAAGUGGCUCUUGCAGUUUUCUUGGUUCUUUUCUGCGCCUUCAUUACGGUCUACUACCACUAUCUUCAAGAUCCAACAUUCCACCAGAGUGUCUAUGCCGCAUUGACGGUAUUCAUCGUGUUCCGAAGCCUUUACAGCAUGGAGUACAGUUUACGUCCCUCCUUGAGACGGACGGAAGAGAAGCAUCGCCUCGAGCGCGAAAAACAAAAUCAGCCGGCACUGUCGAAACAGCAACAAGAUUACGAGAACAAACGAGACAUGGCUAUCCUCAAGAACAUGUGGUUUCUCGUCGGCUUUGGUGUGUCCAUCUUCCUGGGUGGGUUUGGCCUUUGGGGCCUAGACAAUAAGUACUGCUCGACUUUGAGAGGUUGGCGCCGUGCCAUUGGUAUGCCCUGGGGAUUCCUUCUGGAAGGACACGGUUGGUGGCAUUUAAUGACGGGGAUUGGCGCCUAUUGCUACAUUGUCUGGGGCAUUCACCUGAGACACAUCCUCAACGGCGAUCAAGAGCAUUACCGGAUGGAUUGGCCAAGCAUCUUUCGCUUGCCCGAAAUCGUGAAGGUCUCGGAACCAGAGGCAAAAUCGAACAGCAGGGCCGGGAAUGGAAGUGCAAAUGGAAGUGUUACAGGGGAAGCAAAGAAGUUGAGGUGA